UUCUAUAUUUUCCGUCAUAUCAAAUUGUCGAGAAGUAGACGCGAAAAAAGAAGCAGACAAACUCACUUUGUCAAUGAAAUCAACAUGCAAGCACUGUACUCAUAUCCUCAUAUGUCCUAUGAUAUGCGGUAAAAAUGUCACAAAGCCAACCAUCAAACCCCCACCCUCCAAAUUACCUCCAACCUUUACAACCAUGCGUCUACCAACGCCAACUCCACGUCCGCCGACACUACCACCAGUAACCCCUGCUCCACCAAACAUACCCUCUCCACCACAUCCAAUCACACCUUCUCCACCACCACCAGCAACCCCUGCACCACCGAUCAUACCAUCUCCACCCCCUCCAAUCAAACCUUCUCCACCACCACCAGCAACCCUUGCACCACCGAUCAUACCAUCUCCACCACAUCCAAUCACACCUUCUCCACCACCACCAGCAACCCCUGCACCACCGAUCAUACCAUCUCCACCCCCUCCAAUCAAACCUUCUCCACCACCACCAGCAACCCCUGCACCUCCGAUCAUACCAUCUCCACCCCUUCCAACCAAACCUUCCCAACCACCGCCAGAAACCCCUGCACCACCGAUCAUACCAACUCCACCCCCUCCAAUUAAACCUUCUCCACCACCACCAGCCUCCCCUGCACCGCCGAUCAUACCAUCUCCACCCCUUCCAACCAAACCUUCUCCACCACCGCCAGCAACCCCUGCACCGCCGAUCAUACCAUCUCCACCCCUUCCAACCAAACCUUCCCCUCCACCGCCAGCAACCCCUGCACCACCGAUCAUACCAUCUCGACCCCCUCCAAACACACCUUCUCUACCACCACCAGCAACCCCUGCACCACCGAUCAUACCAUCUCCACUGCCACUAACAACCCCAACUCCAAUAAUCAUACCUUCCCCACCUCCACCAAUCAUACCAUCUGCUCCGGUCCCACCACCAGCGCCAUCCAUUCCAGGAGAAUUAUCAUGUCUAGUACGUCUUGAGAAGAAAGGAUGUUUUAAAGACGAUCAAAUUCCUCCACGUCCUCUUCCAAACUACAUCUUAACUGAUCGCGACAAUACCUUAUCGAUUUACAGUGGCAAAGGAAUUGACUGGGGAAAUUGGGUGAACUAUCUUCCCGAUUUGGUCUGCCGUUGUGCCCAACUUGCAAAAUCUAAAAAUUUUAAAUACUUUGGAAUACAAUAUUAUGGUGAAUGUUGGUCAGGUCCUUCAGGAGACGAAAAUUCUUUCAAAGAAGAUGGAGUUUCAACAGAAUGCGUCAACACGAACUGGAAGACAUGUUCUGAUCAAUCAACAUUAGCUUGUGCUGGAAAGGAGAAAAAUAACUACGUUUACGCAAUUGUUUAAUGUAUUUUGUAGUAGGCUAGUUUGAAAUGAUCUGUAACCUAGUCUGGGAGGAAUGUAAAUAGGAAAUUGCCUAAAGUGUUAUUGCAUUCACCACUAGAUCAUAAUGUUACUGUUAGAUCAUAAUGUUACUGUUAGAUCAUAAUGUUACUGUUAGAUCAUAAUGUUACUGUUAAAUCAUAAUGUUACUGUUAAAUCAUAAUGUUACAGUUAGAUCAUAAUGUUACAGUUAGAUCAUAAUGUCACUGUUAGAUCAUAAUGUUACUGUUAGCGUUAACCUACAGUUAACAUGGCUCCAGUUUCGGCUCACCGUUGAUAAAUAGAAACGAAAAUGUCAGCAAAA